CCGACACGAAUCUAUGAUACGAUUAUCACAUAGAAUCCCGUAGCUAGAUUCUUUUGUCGGCAAAGCGGCGAAGGUUCGCAGUGGUUCUCUCACGUGUCUGGUUUGCAAUCAAGCUUAACGAGCGAGCGAAAGCGGAAGCUCCUUGGAUGCGACCUAUUAGUACACUGGCUCUAGAGCAGGCAUGGGCACGAAACCGGCUCAAAGAGCGCGUCUGACAGCGAUGUUGUAUACCAAGUCAAUUCACUAUCAUACUUAAAUAGUCCGGCUUCCUCACCAUCUUAUCUUAUUUCAAUAGCCCGGUUUUCUCAUCGUAUUUUAGCAACAAACAUCCCAAAUCUUUUCUUCUAAUGACUCAACCGAACUACUCAGCUCCGAACCUUGACCCCCUGACUCCUGACCUCAUCCCUUACCGACCACUAGACACAAAGUAACUCCCACUUUCCUAUUUUUCCAAUUCUAUAAAAUACCCGACACGUUUUCCUCCGCGCUCAGAUUUUGCCGAACAGUUUUAGAAGUAGAGUCUACGCUCGACCGACGAAUAUUGUAUCCAAUAAAACUUCAUCUGUAUUUCAUUUGUUUAUUUAAAUAAACUACCUGUGUGAAAUACAACAUAAUUUUUGGCGACGAGGAUGGGAUGUCCAGCACUCUACAUACAGUGAACAAAAGUGGAAUUAGCAACUCCAUCCUGUAAACCGAGUGGCAGCAUUCAAGUUGCUGAGAACUUGGACAUCGAACGAAACGAAGUACAAAGGAUACAGCAUACCGGAAGGAAAUCCUGCAACCUGGUUGAAAAUACUGGACCUAGCAACGCCAGCACCAAUUGCGGACAAAAAACUUUCCAUAAUGAAUCAGACAAUUCUAAUCCUCCUUCUACUUCCGCUCCUAGCCAGCAGUCAUUUUUUCUCUCACCAUCCUUUCGAGAAAUCAAGCGGAAUCUUUUAUAACAAAAAAGGAACAGUACUAAUUGCGAAUUCGAAACUUACAUUGCUUUCAUAUAUGAAUAAAACUCACCUAAAUAACGCAAUUAUGAUUAUCGACAACUAUCUUGUUAAAACCAAAGCUAUUUGUAAUUUGACAUUGCAAGAUCCAACUCGAAAAGGUCAUACUAGUUUUCAUUGUGAACGCACUAUUCAAUUAAUCGAAGCAGAAGUAUUAGAAAUCAAUUCGAAACGUGAAAUCCUUCAACAACUAACUGAGAAAUUGGUUAUCAGGAAAAGACGUGGCCUUCUAAAUGGCAUGUCAUAUUUGUUAAAAUGGGCUUUUGGCACUCCCGACGCUGAUGAUGCCCAAUUCUAUGAAGACAGCAUCAAAACAUUAAUAAAUAAUAACAGGCAAACACAAACUUUGCUUAAGUCACAAGUCCAAGUGAUUACUAACACUAUUAAAAACUUCAACAGCUCCUUGUAUCUUCUUCAGAAUCAAGAGAAAGCAAUGAAUGAAAAUAUAGAAAUAAUCAAUUCAUUUACGGCUCAAACUAAUUCAUAUAUUUCACGUUUACAAAUGGAAUCUACGGUAAACCAACUGGUUACCACUUUAAAUAUGCUAGUAAGUCAAAUUAAUCGAGAAUUCUCAAAAUAUAUAGAAGCUAUUAAUCUGGCUGAACAUAAUAUCGUUUCACCAUUCAUUAUCACUCCUAAGAUCUUAUUUGAAGAAUUAAAAAAUUAUAAAAAUGAACAUGAGUUAAUUAUGAAACCAAAUUUGGAAAAUAUACAUGUUUUUUAUAAAUUUAUUCAACUUCAUGUAAUUUCCACAAACGAUAACAUAAUAUUUGCACUUCAAAUUCCUUUAGUCGUACGAACGAAAUUUGAUCUCUUUGAACUUAUUCCUCUUCCAAUCCAGCACAACGAUUCAAAAUUUUCAUCUUAUAUUAUCCCUCAGAAUCGUUAUCUCCUUUUAUCUCAAACUAAAUCACAAUUUACCUUCCUUAAUGAAUUGUCUAACUGUAACGAAUAUCGAGACGAGGAGUACGUCUGCUAUCACCUGCACACUACAGCUUCAACAAGUCAAGCAAUCUGUGAAAUUGAGCUGCUGUCUCCUCACAUAAAGAAAAUUCCGUCUACCUGUACGACGAAAACAAUCAAGGCAACCAUAGAAACCUGGAAUUACAUUGCAAAAAACCAAUGGAUCUACGUCCUCCAUGAGCCAACUACUCUAACCGUCAUGUGCGAAGAAGGUCAAAAUCACAUGGAAGAUGUGAUUCUUCAGAGAAGUGGAAUCAUUCACCUUCAACCUCGCUGCAAGGGAUAUACUAGUCUCUUUGUGAUUGAAGCCACCCACGAAAUUAGUAAAAAUGCAACCUACUAUGUUCCACGCAUGAACAUUCUGGAUGAUGACUGUUGCAUUCUGACACCUCAUCUAGAGGCAAUCGAAUCGGUUACCUUAAAGCCGAUACACCUUACGAACAUCGAUCUCACAGAACUCAAAUACGCCAACAAGAAAUUAGGUGAAUUUGAUGAGAUCAUUACUAAGCAAAUAAAUCAGCCAUUCAUAGUAACACAUACUAGGUGGUACACUGUUGCCCUUGGAACAAUUGUAGCGCUUCUGGUACUAUUUGUGCUACUAAAGUGCUGUAAAAAUUUCGGAUGUCUCCGCUGGUUACAACGACUAUGCUGUUCGACCACAGAUCCAAUUCGUGGAGAGAUCAACCCACCAUUAAUCAAGAACUUUGUCAACUGCAUCUUCGAUUCAUCAUCAUCAUCAUCUUCAAGACAAUCUACAACGCCGAACAACGAGAUAGUCACUUAUCAACCAAGAAGGGAUCGAGCCGUGGUCAUCAACCCAAUACCUGAGUUGUCGGAAGACGAAGAAACAACCCCUGUAGUUCGAGUCCAGUCACGACAAAGAACGCGAAGAAGUACCACUCCCCUCUAAAAACACAUGUAUCAUUGAUGUCCCUGUAUACUUUUUAUUAUUUUAUAUUAUUUUACUCAUAAUUCCUAUACUCUAAAACAAUCAUUUAAUCUUAUAAAAAAAAAAAAAAAAAAAAAAAAAAAAAAAAAAAAA